AUGCUGAAUUUACGAUAUUCAGCGGCCAAGUCGUCACGAAUCAGUAAGAGACUCAUCGGAACAUCACCUGUCAAAAAAAUCCAGAAGGAUUUGAAGAAGAUCUUACCCUCGCAACGAAAGUACGCACAAAAUCUCAAGAAAUCUAAUGCUAUAAUCAAUAAUAACCCAAAUGAAGCAAACACUCUAAAUAGAGGUUCUGGAGACGAGGAGCCUCUUGUUGUUCUGGACUAUAAUGUGCAGUUGGAUUACCAGCUAUCUAAAAACGACGAUAUCAUGGUUGCAAUCGAUACCAUUCUCGACAAUCAAUGGGCAGAGUCGUCGAGCUUGCAUUUUAGAUACCAUAAACGUCAAGAGAUAGAACUGGCAGAUGGCGAUAUGGAAAAGUUGGUAUUCCUGUUGAAGGGAUUAUCUGCUAAAGUAAAGGCUGAAAUAAUGAAAUACAGACAGAACCAACUUCCCAAGGGUAUAGUCACUACGGCACAGCUAUAUUCCAUCUAUGAGUCUCAAGGAAACACCUUUGUAGAUAGAAAUCUUGAGCUCAACAUCCGGAACGGCAAUCUCAAGAAGUUCGUAAUCACCAAUGCUUCUCCUGUAAUUCUGAGAACAAAGCAGAAGUAUCAGCAUGGAAAGGUCACCUACGGCUUUGAAAACGUAGAGGUGGUGGUGAAAACAGAAAGUUACUUUAAGUUAAUUUGCGAAGAGAUAGAGAGGCUAGAAAAGGAACUUGUAGACUCUAGUAUGGCAACCUCAGAGAGAAUCAAGAAAGAUAGACAACUAACUAGCAUCAAGAAGUUUUUCGAGUACCUAAAGAGUAAUCCUGCUUCCAUCUUUGUCACCCACGAAGACUUUGACAACGAGCAGUUGUCUUCCUUGGUAUCUUUUGGUCUUGUCACUUUGACUUCUAACCACUUGAAUGAAAUCGAAUCACAUCAGUACUCAAUUUCUUACCCUGCUUGUGGAACGUUUCUCAAGCUCAUUAAUGCUGGUAGAGUGUGGUUGGUCAAAGCUUUGAGUAAGGGGAAGUAUAACGAGAAUUUGGAAGAUCAGUUAUUCAAAAAGUGGGAAGGAACUACAUUGAAUGGAGACUCUAAGAUGAACAACUUUCGUCCUCCGUUCUAUGGAUAUGACUUGAACUGGAUUCUCGCGGAUUCUUUGGGAGCAGGCGUAAUUGAAGUUUUCAAUACUCCAGUCGGAAGGGGCUGGAGAUUAACAGGAAAGGUUUAA